AUGGGGAAGGUGUUGAGCAUUAUAGGGAUUUUAGACCCAAGAACAUUUGGUGAGCAGUCUGGGGACAAUUCGAUCCUCUCAACAAAUCACUGGUUUCAAACAGGUGCAGCUGCAAUAGUGAACAAUGGAUUGGUCCCCUUGCUAAUUGAGAAAUUGAUCUCAGAGCUUGAUGAGAUUCAGGAGCUGAUAUUGAAGACCCUGCACUACUGUUUACUGGUGGACACCAAGCAAGCGUUGGAUGCCUCAGGUGUUAGUGUGUUUAAGUCCAAGCUCUUUCACAGUUCUGACGCCAUCAGAAGCCUGGCUGCACAAGCACUGAUGAACAUCAGUGCGCCUUUGGAAGGGAAGGAGAAAAUGUGCGAGGAGGAUGUAAUUCUAGUGCUGGUGGAUCUGCUCAGUGACCCAAACCCCAACGUCAGGGGGGCAGCAGCAGGAGCACUGAUGUUUGCCACCAUCACCACCCAAGGAAAAUACAAAGCACUGGAGGCUGACAUCAUCCCACCCUUACUCAUCCUGGUGAAUGAUCCAGUGAGCAAGGUGCGACUGAAUGCCAUUAAAACAAUCACCACCAUGUCAGAAGCUCCUGCAGGAAGAAGAGCGCUCCUGGACCACCUGCCGCUCUUUAAGAGCAAGGCCCAGGACCCCAGUGAGGCCGUCAGAAAGGCCAUCAAGAUCGCCAUUGAAGUCAUCACCUGGAAACCCUAGCUGGGUGACAGCACACAAACCACUGCACCAAACGUCCCCAAAGCCCCGCAACUCUCAUUCCCUCCGUGGAUUACGAUUUACACCUUGUAUUGUCAAUUGUUUCACAUUUAUACGUCCUGAUUUGUUUGUUUCACCUCUUGCCCUGGAUCCACCCCACUUGCCUUCUCACCUCCCUGCUGCUCUGUCAUGGUGCCUGCAAGUUUGUUUCAACACGUCUGGAAGGGUGAAGGUUGUGGGAAUCCAUAAUCUUGCUGCCAUUUCGAAUUUUGACAAUCAGUAGUUGCCAGCUUGAUUUUGUAGUUGAUUCCAGAUUGCCAAACUGAUUGAUUCAAUUGCCAAAUCCAGAUUGAUUCAAUUGCCAAAUAUCAACUGUAUUAAUGUUCAAUAAUUACACUUUAAAAUUAAGCUCUCAUAAUUCUUCUUAUUCUGCUAAUUCUUCUUGAUUUAUCUUUACUUCCAUGUCCCUUUGUGCCUAUGUCAUGUUCUCCUUCUCUUGUUAGGGGUCUGUGCACUCUGUAAUAAUCAGUGACUACAGUAUAACUAUGUUCUGUGCAGUUAUUCGGCUUUCAGUAGGUCGGGCACAGUUUGUUGAGAGGAAAUAAACUGCAAAUAUCACAGGAUUAAUAUGUGUAAUUUUCUU